CGCGUAUGUAAGCACUCCAGCACUCCAGCAUCGCCUGGACGAGCUUCCACGAUAAACGGAGUACCACUGUAUCCAGUACAGUCCCAGCCCCACCUCCACACUGCCUCCAUGGAACUCCCCAGCAUGUUGAGUCUUGACGGGAAAGACCAAAGCUCUCCAUCUCGUGGUUUGAUACAUCUUCAGUCUACAGAGAAGCAUCCUCCCUCCCUCUUCAGAAGCAAAAUCACCUCUCUACUCCGAAGUAAUUGCUUCAAGUCCGGUCAGGACUGUUUGACGAUCACCGACCAACCUGUGUGGGGGGGUUUGAGGCCCCUAAGCAACAGGCUUCGGACCGUGAACUGGCUUACCGACAACUAAGCAACCAAACAGCUAGGCUACUACUCCUGGAAGUCGGCAAUCUACUACGUACAGUUCUUUUAAUCAGGCUCGCUCCCCAAAGCCUUCCGCCCGCAAACAAAUAUACGAGGCAUCCGAGUCUCUGGCGUUCUGCCACAUACUUGUAUCAAUCAGGCCGCAGCCGGAGCUAUUCCUUCCCGUCGAGCAAAGUCGACAUUUGGACCCGACCGGCAGCUGUAUACGGGAGCUACUGGGGCACUUUUGACCGAGGCAUCAGCAUCACAGCGUUUGAACCUUUGUCAAAGUCAAAGUGUAUCCCGUUGCAAACGGCUCAAUUUGACUGACUGCCAUCCCUCCUGACACGAGCUACGGACAAGUUAUUAGAAUCCCCUCUUUUGAACACGGCACCAAUUCUUUACUUGCGUUUGCUACCUCGAACAAACUACCACCACCACCUCCUCCUCCUCCUCCUCCACCCACAGGCGGACAGCCAUUCACUCUCGACUCUGGAGAGACCCCAAUCCAAGCGUAGCGAGCAGCAAGAAUCGACCAGAGCUCCUCAACCAUGGCCACCAUCGCCGCCUCCACGGCCGCAGCAGCAAGCUUGCUGCUCUACGCGGACCACUCGCUCGGCAUAACUCGCGACCUCCAACAAUACCGGCUCGACGCGUCUUUCACCAAACGCUUCCCGCAAUUUCUGGACAGGCUCGGCCCCGCAUCACCGCACCUGUACCGGAUGCUCGAACUGGCGGACCCGACGGCCGACGCGCUCUGGUUCGAAGGCCGCACGUGGAACUACCGGGCCAUGAAGCAGCAAGUCGACGAGCUCGCGCUCGGCCUGCACCACACGCUGGGCGUGCGGGACGGCGACAUCGUGGCCGUCUUCAUGACCAACUGCCCGGAGAUGCUGUUCACCGUGUUCGCGCUGACCCGGCUAGGCGCGGCGCCGGCGCUGAUCAACAACGCCCUGCGCGACGAGACGCUGCUGCACUGCGUCCGACUGCCCCGGGCCAACUUGAUCCUGACCACGCCCGACCUCGCCGCGCACGCCGCCUCCGUUGCAAAGUCGCUGUCGGACACCGACACGGACAGUAUCAGAACAGUCCGAUUGAACCUGGGCUCCUUCCCGUCCAGCGCGGCGUUUUCAACGCUUUCAGAACCAAACGUGAUGGAGUUCCCGUUUUAUGUUCCCGAUCACGAAAACGGACAGCAGUUGUCACCGCCGAGUCUCAAUCUCCCGCCCGUACCGCCCAAGACUCUGGCCAGUGUCGCUGCGCUGAUCUACACGUCCGGCACGACGGGCAAGCCCAAGGCAUGCAGCGUCAAGAACGCGCUGAUCUGCGUCGUGUCGGUGACGACGUCGCCAGACCACGCGCAUCCGAAAAAAUACCUGGACGGCCUGCGCACGUACAGUUGCAUGCCGUUGUUCCACGGGACGACCUUCUUCACGGGCCUGUGCUACAGCGUGUCGCAGAGCGGGUGCUUCUGUCUGGCGCGCCGGUUCAGCGCGCGCAAUUUCUGGAAGGACGCGCACGAGUCGCGGGCCACGCGCAUCUUGUACGUCGGCGAGCUUGUGCGGUUCAUACUCGCGACACCGCCUGGACGGUACGAUCGGGAUCAUCGCGUGCUUGUCGCCGCGGGCAACGGUCUGCAGAAGGAUGUGUGGGUCGAGUUCCAGAAGCGGUUCGACGUGCCAGAAGUCCGGGAAUUCUAUCGGUCGACCGAGGGCCUUGUGCGGUUCGAUAAUGUUCACAAGCGUGGACGCCCCGGUGCCGGGAGGGUCGGGUACAUGGGCAUACUCCGGAAAAAGGUGUUUGAUAAGGGCCAGCAGUAUAUCAUCAAGUUCGAUUAUGAGACGGAGAUGCCGGUGCGCGACAAAGAAACCGGUUGGUGUAUUGUCGCGGCCAAGGGCGAGCCCGGCGAGGCCAUCGCCCGCAUCAGAGAUCUGGCCACGUACACGGAUUACCACGGGAACAGGGAGGCCACGGAGAAGAAAAUCCUCCGCGAUGUGUUUGAGAAGGGCGACGUGUACCAGCGCAGUGGGGAUCUGCUCGUGCAGGAGCCGGACAACUGGGUCAAGUUCGUCGAUCGCAUCGGCGACACGUAUAGGUGGAUGGGCGAGAAUGUGUCGGCCGGUGAGGUCCGGGGUUUCAUUUCGGAAUUGCCGGGCGUCAAGGAUGCCGUCGUCGUGGGCAGGAGGCUGGAUGGGUACGAUGGGCAGGCGGGCACGGCGUUGAUCGUUUUGGACAACAACAAUGACAAGGAGAGUGAGAAGCAAGGGCGUGGUGCGAGCACUGAAAAGGUGUUUGUGGCCGGCUUGUUCAAGGCUCUGAGGAGUAAAGGCGUGCCCAAGUAUGCGGUGCCCAGGCUCGUCAUGAUCAGGGAGGAGUUGGUCGAUGUCGGUGAUACGUUCAAGCAUGCGAAGAAUGUGGUCAAGAAUAUCGAGUGGGCAGAUGUAGAUGCAGAUGCAGAUGCUUCGGGCAAGGGCAAGGACAAGGGCAAGGGCGGAAAUAAGUAUUGGCUCGACCUGGAGGAGGAGAGGUAUAAGAGUUUGGAUCGCGAGAGUUGGAAGAGGAUAGAGGAAGGGAAGGCGAAGUUGUAGAUGGGGAUACAGUCCUAGUAGAUGGGCGAUGGGUGUGGACGGAUGGUGUUAUAGCGCACAGCGGACAGUUACUUAUUAUUACUGGCAUCGUAUAUAAAGGAGAUGUUAGAGCUACGGCAGAAUGCGGAAGACGAAGAUGAAGAUGAAGUACCUUAGGUACCAGGUAGGUAUCCAACUUGGUGUUCAUACGUAGGGAGGUACAGCAAUAUGAUAUACAUUCACACUA